AUGAAAGUUCCUGGUGGGAUAUUGGGACAGCUGACCAAUCUCCGGUCAUUACCCUUUCUCAAGGUGGGUAACGAGACAGGUCCUGGAAUUGAGGAAUUGGGUUGUUUGAACCAGUUGCAUGACACCUUGUCUAUAUAUGGACUGGAAAAUGUGGUAGAUGGAGAAAAAGCCCUGAAAGCAAACUUAUCGGAGAAGAAACAUAUACGCAAGUUAAUCCUUGGUUGGAAGCUUAUUAGGCCAAGCCACAAUGUCGCGAAUGAUGUUGAUGUACUAGAAGGCCUCCGGCCACAUUCUACUUUGGAAUAUCUACAGAUUCAGGGAUUCAUGGGUGGUAAACAUCCAUCAUGGUUAUUGCUAGCCCACAAUUUGAAAGAGAUUGAAUUUUUGGGCUGCAACAAAUGUGAAGCACUCCCAACACUCGGUCAUUUGCCCAAUCUUAGUUGUCUUAAGAUAAGUGGAAUGGAGAACCUAACUCGUAUAGGAUCUGAGUUCUAUGGUGAUGACCAUGUCAAUUGGGGAAAUGGAACAAUUGAGCAGGCGCGGCCUUUGUUCCCAGCUCUGAAAAAAUUGCAUAUUGAGGAGUCCCCGAACCUGAUUGAAUGGAUGGAAGCGCCAAUUGAGAGAGCAAAUUGGGUGUUUCCUUGCCUUGAGGAGCUGACCUUGAUUAAAUGUAACAGACUGACAAGUGCUCCUAGUCAUUUCCCAUCCCUCAAGAAGUUAGAUAUACAAUGCAUGGAUAGCGGAGGCAUGCCAAUAGCAAGUAUUCUAAGCAAUAAACUCACCACUCUCACUGAUCUCAACUUAUUUAAAGUGGGGAGACUUACUUGUCUGCCGGAAGGAAUGUUAGAAAGCAACAAGAAUCUUGCACAUUUAAACAUAGUGCAGUGUCGAGAGUUAACUUGUAUUUCUCCCCAAUCACAAGGAUUUGCUUACUGCUGUGCAUCUCUUUCAUAUUUGCGGCUAUAUAUUUGUGACAAUCUCAGAUAUUUACCUGAUGGGAUACUCACUCCUUCUCUUAAAGAGAUGACGUUGUAUGCUUGUGAGAAUCUAGAGUACAUCCCAGAUGCUACACACGGUGGUCUCACAUCCCUGGAAAGGUUGUCUUUGUCAAUGUGCUAUAAAAUAACUUCCAUUCCAUUCUCACAAGGCCUGCCAUCUCUUCGUAAAUUGGACAUAGACCAGUGUCCGGAACUAUCAAGCCUACCGGGUGGACUAGAAUACUGUACCUCUCUUCGGAGUUUGAAAAUAGCAGCUUGCCCCAAGACGCUCUUCCAAUUUCACGAGGAGGCUUCACAUCACUCCGUGAAUUGA